AUAUAAACAAAGUUAAAAGCGAAUCAAUUCAAACUACUGAUUCAUCAAAUUGUAAAUUAAAAAAUGAAUCAAACGAGGAUAAAGAAGACCCAAUAUAUUGCACCAUUCUCUGGCGCAAAAUAACAAUGAAAAAGCAUAAAACUUGGGAAGGAGACGGCUAUUUAGUUCGUGAAGGAAAUAACUAUACUAUUUACGAUGCGGAUUGGUCAAAAAUAGGAAGCAGUAAUAUCCGCGAUUUUUCUUUUGGUGAAGGCGAUAUAUUUCGUGUGGGAGGCAAGGAAAUAACAGUUGAAAACAUGAUGUCGAGCGAGGAUUUCCAUAAAGGAUGUCUUUUGAAUGUCCAAUUGAAAGAAGUGCAUGUGCCAGAUACUUAUAUGUCACGAAAAAAGGUUUCCUUUCAAAGUCCAGUUAGUCAAACUUCUAAUGUACAACGCAAGGUGCGAGUCUCGCAACAGCCGAGACAUGAUCCCAGCGCUGCCGGAUCUUUAGUGAUGCAGAGACCGAUUCCAUGGAAUGAUGAGGAGCACGUCGAUGUCGUGGUGGAUACGUUUCUAAGUAAACGUUUACAACCGCACCAACGUGACGGAGUUUGUUUUCUCUAUAAUUCUUUAACAGGGAUAAAUAGCAAGUAUGGUCAUUGUGCUAUAUUAGCGGACGAAAUGGGGUUGGGCAAAACGUUACAAACAAUAACAGUUAUCUGGACAUUACUUAAACAAAACUACCAGGCCAGUAAAAAUGCAACAAUAAAGAAUGCCAUGAUUGUCGCUCCGGUCACUCUUUUACAGAAUUGGCAUAACGAGUUCUAUAAAUGGCUAGGUCGUGAACGCAUUCAAGUUUAUCUGGCUAAAAGUCAAGCAGAUUUUGACGAGUUUUUCCGCAAUCGAAACUAUUCUGUGCUAAUAAUAGGCUAUGAAAUGGCUUGCUGCUGUCUCCGUAAAGCAACUCUUCCUGGAAAAAUAGACUUGUUAGUCUGUGAUGAAGCACAUCGCUUGAAAUCGAUACAGAGUCAAACUUGGAUUGUCCUACAUAAACUAAAAGUUGAGAGGAAGCUUUUAUUGACUGGUACUCCUAUGCAGAAUGACUUGAUGGAAUUUUACUCGAUGGUUAAUUUUCUUAUUCCUGGAUUACUUGGAAGCGUUUCGUCAUUCAAAAACCAAUUCGAAAAACCUAUCAUAAGAAGUAGGGCUAUGUACGCGACCGAGAGAGAUCAACUAAUGGGGAAUGCGCGGCUGAAUAGGUUAUUGGAAUAUACCAAAGACUUCAUUCUUCGAAGGAAAACAAACGUGCUUGCCAAGCAUCUUCCUCCUAGACAUGACAUUGUUAUGUUCAUAAGUCCUACUACAAAUCAGAAAAAAGUAUAUAAAGACACGUUGCAUAACUAUAAGCGCUUCAGUCAGGAGGAAAAAAAAGGGAAACAUUUAGUUACUUUGUCACUUUUAAGCCGAAUCUGUAACAGUUCUCUUUUGAUUGAUAAGUUACAUUCGGAGCAUCUGGAGUUUCGAGAUUUACUUAAUUCAUCCGGGAAAUUAAAGGUUGUAAAGUCAUUAUUAGAACUCUUUUCGACACAGAAGGCCAAGACAGUCAUCGUUUCGCAGUAUACUGAAACACUUAAACUACUACAAAGAUUACUGGUUGGAUUGAAACUUCCAUAUUUGACACUCCUUGGAAGUACUUCAACUUCAGAACGUGGUAACCUUGUUGAUAAAUUUAACAACUCGAGUUUCUUUGAGACGGCUGUUAUUUUACUCUCUAGUAAAGCUGGCGGAUGUGGACUUAGUCUUACAGGAGCAAGUAGACUUAUCCUUUAUGAACCUAGUUGGAAUCCAGCGCAAGAUUUGCAGGCUCUUUCACGGAUAUAUCGGACCGGCCAGAGAGAUUCCACCGGAAUUUAUAUACUAUUAAGUGCUGGUAUGCUUGAUGAACGCAUAUUAAUCCGACAGAAUACCAAACAAGGUUUGUCAGAUUCUUUCCUUGAUUCCGAUGAAAGUCAAAGGCAGAAUUGUUUUGCUUCGGAUGAUUUGAAAGAAUUAUUUACAUAUGAUGAAACCGAGACCUGUUUGAUAAACCAGUUAUUGCAAAAAUCGAGUUUUGUAUAUCAAGAGAAAAGUUCUUUACAUUAUGAGAAUAAAGACGAUAAUUAUAUUGAAAGUAGUCCAAAUUUAUUGUCACUACCAGAGGAGAACUCUGAUAGCAUGUGGAAGAAAGCAUCAGAAUACCAGGUACCACAAUACGAAUUAAUUUCCAUAGCCAAUGCUUUUCGUGAAUGGAAUUGGAUUUUUCAGCUUUCGGAAAAAUACGAAGCUAAAGUAAGUCAUCUCAUUCCGCAGGAUGGAAGCUUUAUAAACUGCUUUAUGUGCAAAGCCUACUCUUGAGGAAUAUCAGAAGACGAAGAUGAAACUGGCUUUUUACCCAUCAUCAGGAGGGUCUUAUCACAAGCGGCUGUCACUGGACAUUUCCUAUGAGCCAUGAUGAGCAUUCGGAGACGAACAAUUUCCUCUCUGAGACUAUUGGCUUCUUUCAAGAGGGACUUAUUUUCCGUCGUAUAAUGUUUUGUUCGCUUCUGUAAAUCAUCUAUAUACCUCUUCUUUCUUACCCUGCAUUUAUGAGCUGCCUCUCUAUUUCUAACCUUUUUAUUUCUUGGAAAUUCCUCUCCUUGCUUUGCCAAUGACUUCUGAGUUGGUGUGUCAAGAAUACUAGUUUCACGAGAAAACCUUUCGCUCGUAGAAGUAUCGGAUUUGGCACUGGGGCUAUUCGGAGCGCUAUAAUUAGAAUCAGAGUCAUUUUCAUAGUCAUAUUUCAUCUCAUGGGAACUCAAUGGCGAAGGGGAACUGUUGAAAACGGGUGUAUUAAACUUCUGGCAUUUUUCCCAAACAACUUGAUUCGUCCAAUAUUGGGUAAAGGCUGGGGAUGGCUUGUACUUAUUUUCUUUUUCAAAAUGAAGAGCGUAAGAAGGUAAAUUUGCUUCAUUUUUGUUUAUUCCUGGAUUAGAGGACUCUUUCGCUGAUUCAUGAACAGUUGCUAAUUUGCCCUGCGUGCUUGUCAUUUUGAAGUUUAGUUGAGUAGUUAACAACGCUCUUCUGCAAGCUAAUUAUAUGUUUGCAUAAUAAUAUGUUUGGUUAACAGAGAUUUAUCGUUUUCCGCUUUGAUUUUUAAACGGUCAGAUUGAAUCCUUUUCCUUAAAGCGCUAACUAUGUUAACCUUGUUAUUUGAGAUAAACUUUUAGGCGUUAGAAAUCAGCUGCAAAGGACAGGUAAUACUUGAUAUGAAUACUUUUACUAAAAUACUUUUGCUGAUCUUACUCGGCAAGAACAGGAUUAUUCUGGCGUUACGGGCUGUGGUGAUGCCGACUUGCAAAUGAUAAACAAACAAACUGAAUAAACAAACAUUCAAUUUCGGUACUCAUCGAAACAUUAUACUAGCCGUAUCCUAACUAAUAUAUUAAGAAUUUAUUAGAAAUAUCAUUACAAAACGCAAUCUCG